AUGGGUAUGGGUUUUGCCUUUCUCCCCACCUUAAAUAUCUUCACCGGUGCUCAGCAACGAGUUCUUGAACACGACAUCUCCUUCGAUAUCGUCCUUGCCAACUCUCCUAGGUCUUCACGUACCGCUCCUUCUCCGUGCAUGUCGCGUCCACCCAAGUCUCGCAUGCCACUGGAAAUCGUCAUGACUAUUAUGGAGAUGGCGUUCUACGAUGCGGCCUUCGACAUCGACUAUUCAUUGCUCAAGGCCUGUUCCCUCGUCUGCAGGGAGUGGUCUGCAGCCGCUCAGAAGCUGCUCUUCCAUAACGUUACUCUGCGCACCCAGUCGGCUUGUCUCUCCUUCCAGAACGCAGUCGACCCCAUCACGGAACAAGGUCGUAUGCUUGGCCAAGCAGUUGUACGGAUGCGAGUCAUACUGGAUCACAACCAGCCUUUUGGUAUCGCCGAGCAGUCAUUUGCUCAGGCGGUUGUCCUCUGCCCGAACCUGUUCGAGCUAAACUUGGCUCUGUAUGGUUCUGUGUCACCUGGCAAGGAUAUCAUUGGUUCUCCGGACUCCCUUCGCAUGCGACGCCCUGCCCCUUCCUUUGACGAGAGCACCCUAUCCCUUCUCCAAUGCGGUCCUGCCCUCUCCGCCCUCCAGUUCUCUAACUGGUCCGAAAAUAGCCAUUCCAUUUCCCAGUUGCUCACCGUGUGGCCAUCGCUCAAGUCUCUGGCUCUUAGUGGCAAUGCCCCAGAGCUACCCUCUGACACCCUCCCCCCUUUCCCCUGCGCCCUCCGCGAGCUCCACAUGAACUUCCAAACCUUUCCGUCACUAGAUUUCAUGGAUUGGCUACUACAUCAUUCUGUCGGCAGUCUCCGUGUGCUUGGCAUCGCUCAAGAACCGUCCAUGCAGUUCCUCGAGUAUUUCGUCGACACCCACGGAAACACUCUGGAAUCUGUCUCGCUUCCUGUCUGUUGGCAAGACACGGCACGUUCCUUGCAUCGUUGCCCGCAUUUACGGCAGGUCAGUGUGGAACGACCACUCGUAUCACCCCUGCUCUUCAAAAAGGUCUCAGAACGCCUGGAGCACAUCGCGUUCGGGCUUAACAAGAUGACUGCGCUGCAAUCAGUCAUUGAGACUGUCAAGACUCAGAAGUCCCUCAAGGCUGUCACGGUUCAUCUUUGGGGUGGUGAACAGCACCCGCUCUUCCCAUCCCUGCAGAUGGCCUGCGCCUUCCGGGGUCUUGAGCUUCGAAUAACGCCGGAUAUUAGGGUGUUCCGUACAUGGAUGCGAGGUGACCCAAUCGAACAGCAGACUUAUCCCCGCGGGAAAACACUUUCCAAUCUAUAUGUUAUGCGCGCACAAUCUUCUUUCCAUGCCUCCGGUCCACAUGUAUCAUUCCACUAA